CUCAAGCGUCGCCGAAGCGAAAGAUCGCAGAUCGCAUCUGCCAGAUUGCACCAGCAUGAGCGUGAGCAUCAAGGUGUGCAUCCGGUGCCGGCCGUUCACGAUCGAUGACACGCUCGGCGUCGUCAUGACACAGAAGGGUGAUGAGGAAGGCGAGGUCGAGCUCAUCAACUCGACAUACUCGACGACGCGGUUUGCCUUUAGCUGGGCGUGGUGGAGCGCGUACGGCUACAAGCGCCACGUCAAGGGCGACUCGCUGCCUGCCGACAACAUGCUGCUUGUGGACCAGGCCAUGGCGUACGAGGCAUGCGGCGCCAAGAUCAAGGACGACCUCUUGGGCGGCAACGCGGUCGUCAUGUUCGCCUACGGCCUCAGCGGGUCGGGCAAAACGUUUACCGUCUUUGGCCCCGACGCUGUGGACAUUCCAGAGGCGUGGUUCAAGCACGAAGAGCCGCAUCCGCUCUGGGGCAUCUUUCCGCGGCUCGCGUACAACCUCUUCAAGGAGAAGCAGGAUGGGUGGAAGAUCACGAUGAAGUACUUUCAAAACGUCGUCGACACGGUCCGCGACCUCAUGUCGCCGAUGGCCCAAGAGCAGCAGUACAAGAACGGCAUGCGCAAGGACGCGGAUGGCUUUAUGGACAUUGAGUGGUGCCAGGGCGUCGUGCUCAAGGACUGGAACGAUCUCCGCCGGACAUUUAUGAGCGCCAACUCGCGCAAAGCGAUUGCACCGACGCAGUUCAACCACCAGUCGACGCGCGGCCACUGCAUCAUGACGCUUGAAGUCGAGAAGCCCGACCCGGAGCGCGAAGGCAUGAAGCAGCGCGGGCGUAUCUACGUCUGCGACUUGGCCGGCACCGAGCCUGCCGGGGACAUUGUGUACGCCAACUACCAAAAGCUCGUGUUCGACGACGGGUCGAUCGAGAUGAAGUACCUUGGACCGCACCAGGAUGCGUCGAAAUCCAAGGAGCUUCAGGACCAGGGCAAGAAGAUCAAUCUGAGUUUGACGGAAAUGGCCCAGUUCUUCAUGAAGAUGGCGGAGGCUGUCCAGAAGAAGACGCUCAAGCCGGGCGCGAGCAUCCCAGGCUGCAACUCGUACUUUCUCUGCAAGUACCUCAAGGACACGAUGCUCCAAGCCCGAACCUACCUCUUUUGCGCCGUCCGACCCGAAGUGACGUAUCUCAACUACACUUUUUCCACGCUCGGCUUUGCCAAGAACGCGUCUGUCAUCAAGCUCCAGCCCAAGAAGGCAUCGGCGGCCGCGUCGCCCGCAGAACGCAAGCUCAUGGCAGAGCUCGACGAGAUGAAGAACCUUGUUGCGAUGCUUAAGGCCGAGAACGAAAAGAUGGCCAAGAUGGGUGGCGGCGGCGGCGGCAGCGACCAAGUCGACAAGAUCAGCGCCCUCCUUGCCCAGAAGCAACGCGAACUCGAAGGUGUUCUCUCGGGCGAGACGAGCGAUGGCGGCGACGGCGGGUCCAAGCCCGCGGCCAAGGCCCAAGAGGAGGCCAUGCAGCGGCAGAAGGAGGAGUACGAGAAGCGGGGGAUUUCGCUCACGUUCUUUGAAGAGAAGACGACGCUGCCGUACUUGAUCAACCUCGACGUCGACGCCUACCGGUCGCAGCGCUUCAUGUACCUGCUCACGAAAGAAGUGACCAUCGUGGGCACGAAAGGUGACAUCAAGCCCAUGGCGCUCUCGGUCGUCGACGGCCACUGCAGCUUUGAGAAAUCCCCGCCCGUGCUCUCCGAAGCUGGCGCCGACACUGGCAGCGUGGUCACGCUCGUCGGUGGCAACGGCGACACGAUGCACAAUGGCAAGAAACUCGAGAAAGGCACGCGCGUGGAGCUUGCUGCGUUCGAUCGCGUCGUGAUUGGCAACGAACUUAUGCUCUUCCGCUACCCGGGCCGCGAGGACCCGGGGAAGGAGCCACCGACCGCCGACGAUGCGGCGCACGAGUUCCAAGAGGCGCUCCAGAGCCAAGAUAAAGCGGCAAUGCAAGCGCUGGAGGCGCAGCGGCUGCAGUUUGAAGCGGAAAAGGCCGCGUGGGAAGAGCAAAAGGCCCAAGCUCAGGCCGCGCGGUCCGAAGCACUCUCAUCGGCGACACCGGAAGAAGUUGCCGAGCAAGAACGCAAGCUGCAAGAGCUCGAACAGCAGGAGAAGGAGCGACUCGCGCGACAAGUCAACGACCAAGAGCUGCGGGACGUUUUGCCCAAGAUCAACGAGCUCAAGCAGAUCGUCCAUGUGCUCAAUCGCGACGUUUUGAGUUUUGAGACGGCGCUCAAAGGCACGGGCGGGGAUGGCCAAGGCAUUCCGCAGGUCAAGGUCAAGGUCCACAACAGCAAAACCGACGAGACGAUCUUGCUCGAUGUCUUUGAGUUUGUGAAAGCGUACUCGCUCUUGAAAGACGAAGUUGCGUUUCUCAAGAACGCGAUCGCCAACAACCGCGAGUACACGUCGCCGAUGGGCCACGAUCCAAUCACACUCCUCUUCGACAACUCGUUCCACGUCGGCAGUGCGACCAACUUUCCCGAGUAUCUCUUGUACAACCUCGAGACCGAUCCGGACGAAAGUCGCAUGAACAUCAAGAACGCGGUGCCACCGUUCAACACGAUCGGGAAGCUUGAGGUCGUGUGGACGCCGCUGAGCGCAGAAGACGAGGCGCAGCACAACCCAGACCACAUCCAAGACAUUGAUGGCCCCAUGGAUCUGGUCGGCAAGUCGUGGACGUACAAGCUCGAGAUCAAGGGCGCGACGGGGUUGCCCAUGAUUACGGACUUGGCGUAUGUCCAGUACGAGUUCCUCGGCGAGCUCUUUACGACCGAAAGCGUCGAGCAAAACACGCGCAACCCCGUCUUCAAUUACUCGCAUGUGCACCACGUGCCGUGCGUCACGGCCGAGUUCGUCCAGUACCUUCAGACGCACCGGCUCGAGUUCCAGCUCUACAUCAACCCCUACAUUUUGGACCCGCCGAAAGACGCAAUCAGCACGGGUAACCCAACGAUUGUGAGUCUCCUCGGCGGCACCGCGACAGCCAAGCUGCCGUACGACGAGCUCGAAGUCCAAUGCAAGAAACUCGAGGUCGAGAAGCAGCUUUUGUCGGAUGAAAUCGUGUACUUGCGCCAAACGUUCAAGGCCGCGACGGGACAGGAGGCGCCGGCGUAUGCACCGCUAAAGGCAAGCGGUGAGGCUACAGCGGACCUCUCGACGCCGCGCAAGCAGCUGGCCGAGGCCAAGUCCAAGGACGCACUCCUCAACACCGAGACGCCGAACGCAUAA